AUGGACUUAAGGGAUUCAUUUCCUAUCUUCUUUCUGUUUUGCAGCUUCUGGGGUGUGUCUUUCUGUGGACAAGAUGGUUUCUUGAGUCUAUCUUGUGGUGGAAAAACCAGCUUCAGUGAUUCAUCUAACAUUUCAUGGGUGCCAGACACUACCUACAUAACCACAGGCAAGACAAUUACCAUCAAUUACAAUGAUGGUUCUUCCUCCAUAAAUGUCUCAGCUCGGUUCUUCCCGAAUUCCAGAGGCCGCACAUGCUAUAGGAUACCAGUGAACAAUGCAACUACUUUGGUUCUCCUGAGAGCAAAGUUUGUGUACAAGAACUAUGAUGGACUUGGAAAACCACCUACUUUUUCUGUUUCUCUUGGGACAGCUAUUGCUGCUAACAUAAAUCUUGCUAAAAAUGAUCCAUGCACAGAAGAGUUUCUCUGGACAGUCAAUAAGGACACACUACCAUUCUGUUUAAAUUCAAUUCCAAGUGGUGGUUCUCCUGUGAUUUCUUCACUUGAAAUCAGACCACUGCCUAAAGGAUCCUACACAAAUGGCAAAGAAGAUUUCCCAAAUAAACUACUCAAGAAGAGUUAUCGAAUUGAUUGUGGCCACACCAAUGAGUCUAUUCAGUACCCCAUGGAUCCCUAUGAUAGAAUAUGGAAUGCUGAUAGAAGUUUCACACCCUUUCAUGCUACAACUGGAUUUAAGAUUCAGAAUAGCUUCAAUCCAUCUAAUAUUGUGGAGGAACCACCAGCUACUGUUCUUCAAACUGGGAGAGUCUUGGCGCGGCGAAAUAUGCUGGCAUAUAACCUCCCUCUUGAUAGAUUAGGGGACUACUACAUCAUCCUGUAUUUUGCUGGAAUUCUUCCCGUGUUCCCCUCAUUUGAUGUAUUGAUAAAUGGAGAUCUUGUAAAAUCAAACUAUACAAUAAAGAGCUCAGAAAUCAGUGUUUUAUACGUUACACAAAAGGGAAUAAGCAGCUUGAAUAUAACACUAAGGAGUAUCAGCUUCUACCCUCAGAUCAAUGCAUUUGAGGUAUAUAAUAUGGUUGAUAUUCCAUCUGAAGCCUCCUCAACCACAGUUUCAGCAAUGCAAGUUAUUCAGCAGUCCACUGGCUUGGAUCUAGGAUGGCAAGAUGAUCCAUGCUCCCCUUUCCCAUGGGAUCAUAUUGAUUGUGAAGGAAACCUGGUUACAUCAUUGGAUCUUUCAGGCAUAAAUUUGAGAUCAAUUAGUCCUACAUUUGGUGACUUGUUGGACCUUAAAACAUUGGAUUUGCGCAACACAUCUCUUGCUGGAGAAAUUCAGAAUUUGGAUAGCUUGCAGCAUCUUGAAAUACUGAACCUUGGUUUCAAUAAUCUAACAUCCUUUGGUGUAGAGCUGGAAAACUUGAUUAGCCUUCAAAUACUAGACUUGCAAAACAACAGUCUACAGGGAACAGUUCCUGAUAGCUUGGGAGAGAUAGAGGAUCUCCACUUACUGAAUCUGGAAAACAACAAACUACAAGGUCCACUUCCACUGUCCUUGAACAAAGAAAGUUUAGAGAUCAGAACAUCAGGGAAUUUGUGCCUUACUUUUUCCACAACCACAUGUGGUGAUGCAUCAUCCAAUCCUUCAAUUGAGACACCACAAGUGACUAUAAUUCCCAAAAAGAAGCACAAAGUACAAAAUCAUCUAGCAAUCAUACUAGGCAUGGUUGGAGGAGCUACACUUGCCCUUAUCUUGAUAUGUGUUUCAGUAUUUAUAUACAUGACUAAAAAGAGAUAUGAAGUCUCGUACACAGCAAGGGUAGAAACGGAUAUGAGGAAUUGGGGUGCAGUAAAAGUCUUUUCCUACAAAGAAAUCAAAGUAGCUACAAGCAACUUUAAAGAAGUCAUAGGACGGGGAAGUUUUGGAUCAGUUUACCUUGGAAAGCUUCCAGAUGGAAAAUCAGUUGCUGUCAAAGUUCGGUUUGAUAAAUCCCAGCUAGGGGUUGAUUCUUUUUUCAAUGAGAUUCAUCUCCUGUCGAAAAUCCGACAUCAAAAUCUUGUGUCUUUGGAAGGAUUUUGUCAAGAAUCAAAGCAUCAGAUAUUAGUUUAUGAGUACUUGCCUGGUGGAUCACUGGGUGAUCACCUCUAUGGUGCAAACAGCUACAAAACUCCCUUAAGCUGGAUUCGAAGGUUGAAAAUUGCAGUCGAUGCAGCAAAAGGACUGGAUUAUUUGCAUAACGGAAAUGAACCACGAAUCAUACACCGAGAUGUCAAGUGUAGUAAUAUUCUAUUGGAUAUGGAUAUGAAUGCUAAGGUCUGCGACUUUGGCCUCUCUAAGCAAGUAACCCAAGCAGAUGCAACUCAUGUCACAACUGUUGUGAAGGGAACUGCUGGGUAUCUAGAUCCAGAGUAUUAUUCCACCCAACAGCUUACAGAGAAAAGUGAUGUAUAUAGCUUUGGAGUUGUUCUUUUGGAACUCAUUUGUGGAAGAGAGACAAUGAUUCAUUCUGGAACUCCUGACUCAUUCAAUUUGGUGUUAUGGAGCCCCUGGUUGCGGCUGGGGUUUGCUUUUGAUAUUGACUCGAGGGAUCAAAGAUCCCUGAGUUAA